CCGCGAAAAGGGUUUUCCUCCUCGUGUUGCUUCUCCAUCCUUUCUCUCUGCAGAGAAGACAGAUAUAUAAAGGUGGAGAGAGAGAAAACAGAAGAACAAGAGAGAGAUCUCUGACAUCUCUCCUCUCUCUCUCUCUCUCUCUCUCCAUAGGCCAAUCCAAUCUCCACCAUCCCUUUCCUGCCCUAAACUCUCUCUGCAAUUUUCUUUCACCGGACGGCGCAGAUUCUCUCCGUGUAGUCAGUCGAGUUAUGCAGGCAGAUCAGGCGGUGAUAAGCUUGAGACCAGGUGGCGGCGGCGGCGGCGGCGGCGGCGGGCGAGGCAGCAGAUUCUUUGCCAAUCGCGUCGAUUCUUCAUCCUCAUCUUCGUCAUCGUUACAGUCUGAUGCUUUCCCUCUGCGGUCUUAUGGUGGGGUUUCUCUGUCAUCGUCCUUCAAGACAGGGGACUUACGAUUUGAAGGUCAUGAGCGUGUUCAGUACACCAGAGACCAGCUCUUGCAUCUCAGAGAGGUUGUUGAUAUCCCCGAGGACAUUUUGAAGAUCAAACAAGAAAUUGAGGCUGAUUGUGUGGGUGAAGAUCAAAACUGGGGUCAUGGAGAUAUCAAUCUGCAACCUCAAUCCCAAGGUCGUUAUUCUGAGCCAGACAACCGUGAUUGGCGUGGCCGCUCAUCUCAGUUGCCUCCCUCAGGAGAUGAGAGAUCCUGGGAAGCAAUUCGAAGCAAUAAGGAGUUUUCUAGUCAAUAUGAUUCAAGACUGUAUGAGUCAAAUAACCGCCAGGACCAACUAAACAACCAGUUUGCAAGGGCUCAAAUCUCAACCAACCAAGGGGUAGGACCUGCUCCUGUUCUCAUCAAGGCUGAAGUCCCAUGGUCAGCUCGGCGAGGAAAUCUAUCAGACAAAGAGCGUGUCUUGAAGACAGUGAAAGGUAUACUGAACAAAUUGACCCCGGAGAAAUUCGAUCUUCUCAAGGGACAACUAAUUGACUCUGGAAUUACAACCCCUGAUAUUUUGAAGGGUGUUAUCUCACUCAUAUUUGAUAAGGCUGUGCUGGAGCCCACUUUUUGUCCCAUGUAUGCCCUUUUAUGCUCUGACCUCAGCGAGAAGCUUCCUCCAUUUCCUUCUGAUGAGCCUGGUGGGAAAGAUCUAACGUUCAAGAGAAUCCUCUUGAACAAUUGUCAGGAGGCAUUUGAAGGUGCUGAUAACCUUAGGGCAGAGAUUAGACAGAUGACUGCUCCUGAGCAAGAAAUUGAACGCAUUGAUAAGGAAAGAAUGGUCAAAUUGCGAACUCUUGGAAACAUUCGUCUUAUUGGGGAACUUUUAAAGCAGAAAAUGGUGCCUGAAAAAAUUGUCCACCACAUUGUUCAGCAACUGCUGGGGCAUGAUGGUAAAACUUGCCCAGAUGAGGAAAAUGUUGAGGCAAUAUGUCAAUUUUUUAAUACCAUUGGUAAGCAGCUGGAUGAGAGUGCAAAAUCUAGGCGAGUCAAUGAUAUGUACUUCGGCAGACUGAAGGAGUUGACGACAAAUCCUCAACUUUUGCCACGGUUGAGGUUCAUGGUCCGUAAUGUUCUUGAUCUGCGGGCCAACAACUGGGUCCCUAGGCGUGAAGAGAUUAAAGCCAAGACCAUAACUGAAAUCCAUUCAGAGGCAGAGAAGAAUCUAGGGUUGCGUCCAGGUGCAACUGCAAAUAUGAGAAAUGGUCGUAACGUAAGUGCACUGGGCUCUGGAGGUUUUCCCAUUACCAGACCUGGCUCUGGUGGUAUGAUGCCUGGAAUGCCUGGGACCAGGAAGAUGCCUGGAAUGCCUGGGUUUGACACUGACAACUGGGAGGUUCCUCGAACCCGGUCAAUGCCAAGGGGUGACAAUUCAGGUCCUAUUCUGUCUGGACGGGUCCAGGCCCCUUUGAUGAGCAAGCCAGCAUCUCUCAAUUCAAAACUGUUACCUCAGGGUAGUGGUGGUUUUUUAACUGGGAAGACAAGUGCUUUGCUGCAGGGGAGUGGUGCCCCUCCCGUCCGACCAGCUGGUUCUGUGGCAGGUGUUGAACCUGCUGCUGAAAGCACUAAGCCUGUUGCUCCAGUGGCAUCACUCAUGUCUUCUCAGGAAAGGCCACAAGCUUCUGCCACAAGAUUAAACCCUGCUGAACUUCGGAGGAAAACAGUUUCUUUGCUGGAGGAGUUUUUUGGUGUUCGAAUUCUUGAUGAAGCAUUACAGUGUGUGCAGGAGCUGAAUGCCCCAGCUUAUCACUGUGAAGUUGUGAAAGAAGCAAUUGUCCUUGCACUGGAAAAGGUCCCACCAUGUGUAGAGCCACUCACAAAGCUUCUAGAGUUUUUACUCAAUAAGAAUGUUUUGACAACUAGAGAUAUGGGUACAGGGUGCCUUCUCUAUAGUUCAAUUUUGGAUGACAUUGGUAUUGAUUUACCAAAAGCACCAAAUAACUUUGGGGAGAUUAUUGGGAAACUGGUUUUGGCUGGAGGUUUGGACUUUAAGGUGGUGAAUGAAGUUUUAAAGAAGGUGGAAGAUGACAGGUUCCGGGCUGCGACAUUUGGUGCUGUCAUGAGGAGUGUUAAUUCUAGUCCUUUGGGGCAAGGAUUAUUGGCAAAGCAGGGAGCUGAGAUUAAAGCUUGUCAAAGUCUCUGCCCUUGACUCAAACCAGUGUUUCCUAGUCACCAUGGGUUGCUGUUCUUCCGCUUUGUUGCCAGAGAGACCUUAUGAUUGCCUUAUUUAGUCCCCAAAAUGUCACAAAUUUUCCCUUUCACAGUUUAUCAUCUCAUGGAUCGGGGAAGAAUGGAUAAUUUUAUCGAGUUGUAUAUUUUCGAGGUUUUUUUUUUUUUCAUUAAAUGUGCCUCUGCCCCCCUCUUUUUUUUUUUUUUUUAUAUCAAAUGAGGAUAAACAUAGGCCUUGAUUUUCUCUUUGAAUGUUUGGCCAAUUCUUCCCCCCAGGAUUCUAGAGAUGCGCCUAUUUGAUCCAGUUGUGAUAUUAAAUUUUGAAUUGAUAUCUACCAAUUAAUUUGAUUUUUGGUAUAUGGCCCUUAUGCCACAAUUUUCUCUGCA